AUGCGGGGACUGUGUCAGAAGCACACCGAAGAUGCGUACGGACCGUGUGUGACCAACAGCAGCAACAUUGAGCCGGUAUCAUUCGACAAGACACAUCCUGCCUACGCUAAAAUGAUGGAAUUCUGCCCUCAUCUGCUAUCCGGUGAGUCAUCGAUACGAUUGUUUUCUUUUUGUGGCGAGCUCCGACUGGUUUGCCCCCCGGCUAUCCCAAAAGGACAUUUGUUAAGCGCAAACAAUGUCCCGAUGAGUGCAACACACUGGAAACUACAAAAACUAAUUGUAGCAUGGCAUGGGCUCAAAAACUAGUGCGCUUCAUUGGAUACAGUUUAUUACUCAUACGGAAGAAAUGAUGAUUUCAGGCGACAACAAAUUGUGCUGUACUCCCGCCCAAGCGGAAGGACUCACCAAACAGAUCGCCCAGGCCAGAAACAUUCUCGGAAGAUGUCCAUCGUGCUUUGAUAACUUUGCGAAGCUCUGGUGCGAGUUCACAUGCAGUCCGCGACAGCAAGACUUCGUUUCGGUCAGUUCCACCUGUCCUUUUUAGGCUCUUUUAAGUUCAAAUGACAUGCCCGUUUCGCAACGUUUGAGCUGAUUAGUGCAGCGGGAAAACGCAUAUUAUACUAUUUCUGAUAAGCGACCCUAACUAUGCAUUUGUGAGUCAGUAGACGACUCAUUGAUAGCGUCAUGCAAAAGCAAACAUAGUCUUAUGAAAAGAAAGAAGACGAAACUCGUUUUUUUCCAGAUUGUGGAGGCGAAACCGAUCGAAGCGAAGAAGGGGUUCACGCCGGAAUACCAGCCAGCCGAAGCCUAUGUGAACACUGUUGAGUACAGAUUGUCGACAGAUUUCGCUGAGGGAAUGUUCGCUUCCUGCAAGGAUGUCACGUUCGGAGGCCAACCGGCUCUCCGUGUCAUGUGCACAUCCACCCCGUGCACAUUGACCAAUUGGCUGGACUUCAUCGGAACGCAAAACCUCGAUCUGAACAUUCCAAUAUCAACAAAGUUCAUGCUCUACAAUCCGUCGAAAGUAGACUAUCCUGUUGAAACACCACAGAAACAAUGAUUAUCGGUUCCAGACCCCUGUCGCCGAUCGCGCAAGCUACAUGAGUGUCAACUUUACUGGGUGCAACCGAUCCGCGCGACCUGGCUGGCCGGCUUGUUCAAAGUCAGAGUGCGACAAAGAUGAGUAUGCUAAGAUGAUCAAUUUGGAUGAUGGCGAGGCUUCCGAUGUGAGUGGGGCAACGUAUUUUGUGGCUAGAAGCAUAAACUCCGUUUUGUGUGCAAAUAGAAUUAAACCAGAUCAUAAAAGCUGUAUCCAAUAUGGGAUCGAAAUUUAGUCUGACAUUCGUAAGUAAAUACCCACAAGUAGUGCUCCAGUAACUGUUUCGGUAACUUGUUUGUCGGCACUAUGAAGUGGCAAACCUCGCAACAUUCCAGGUCUUUGGUCAUAGUUCACUUCCAAGUUUCACAGCUCCCUGAGCUGUUUGGCAUUGGUCUUUCUUCCUAUUUACCAGGUUGAUUUUGUUACUCACUUGUGGACACAGAUUUUUUUGCGCUUCUUACAAAGAAAAGAUGGGGGAAGAGAGUGAGAUGAAGUGACGUUGUUGCGUAGGACAACAUAAAUAUCGCGAGGGUUCGGUGGUCAGAAAAAUGAACAGAGUGGAGAGUCAACAACAAAUAACACGAAGCAAAUAUAAGUUUUAUAGUAAAUGUGAUGAACAUUUGCGUGGGAGAUAUUGGAAAAAGGGACAAUGUGCAAAGUGUACGUUUUUCAGCAAUCGUGCAAUGUUCACGGCAUCGAAUGUCUCAAAAUCUUCAUUCUUCUCACUUUCAUCGCUUCUUUAGCAAUCCUGCUUUGUGUCGGCUUUGUGUUCACCUCGUAUGAUGAUGAAUAUGAGGUUGGAGGAGGAAAGAAAGAGUAAAUGAGGACAAAACGCUGAAUUUUAGAAUCUGCAGCAAGGGCGAGAGCUGGAGGAGCCUCCGAAGCACGGAAGAAUUAAGAGAACUGGAGCUUGGAUUCAAAACUUUAUGGAAAACAACGCGAGAGACAUUGGAGAGAUGGCCGGACGCAAUCCUAAGUCGCACUUUUUCAUUGGAUGCGGAAUCCUCAUCUUCUGUCUGCCUGGCAUGAUCUACCAUCAGGAAUCCACCAACGUCGUCGACAUGUGGUCCUCCCCCAAGUCCCGAGCCCGUCAAGAAGAGACAGUUUUCAAUGCAAACUUUGGGUAAGCAUGCAGUUGAAAACUAUGAAUAAACUAAAUGCGUGUUUGUUUCAGUCGCCCUCAAAGAUAUCAGCAAAUUAUGCUUCUCAGCCACCGUGAUUUCCAAACGAGCGGAAAGUUGUAUGGACCAGUGUUUCACAAGGACAUUUUUGAAGAGCUUUUCGACAUUUUGGGCGCAAUCAAGAACAUUUCGACUCAAGACGCUGAAGGCCGCACCGUCACUCUAGAUGACGUGUGCUACAGACCAAUGGGACCUGGAUUUGACUGUCUUAUCAUGUCGCCCACCAACUAUUUCCAAGUUGGUUUGCUGCGGAUACAUACAUUAUAGCAUCAUAUUUUUUUGCAGGGACUGAAAGAGAAUCUUGGUAUUGGUGGUAACAAAGCAGAAAGCGCGCCUGAAGAAGAUGACACAUUUGAUUAUUUCUCAUCUGAAGGCACCACUGACGAAUGGAUGAAUCAUAUGGCAGCUUGCAUCGAGUAGGUGGAAAAAACCAAACAAACUUUCAGAGGGGAAGAAUACUGGAAGUUAAAAUAUUAUUUUUUCAGGCAGCCAAUGUCACAGAAAACGAAAUCAGGACUCAGUUGCUUCGGAACUUAUGGUGGUCCCUCGGCCCCCAAUAUGGUUUUUGGAAGGAACACCAGCAAUUACCAUGCUGCAAACUCGGUCAUGAUGACUAUCUUGGUCACUCAGAGAACGGAACCGGAGAUUCUUAAAGCCGAGUUGUGGGAGAAGGAGUUUCUCAAGUUUUGCAAAGAAUACAGAGAGAAGUCAUCCAAAGUAACCUUCUCGUUCAUGGCUGAAAGAUCUAUAACUGUGCGUCAAAACUCCGUGUUCCUCCAAAAACAAGUACGAUUUUAGGAUGAAGUCGAAAAAGACGCCAAGGAUGAGAUCGUCACUGUUGUCAUCGCACUGGCUUUCCUGAUCGGCUACGUCACCUUCUCCCUCGGUCGCUACUUUGUGUGUGAAAAUGAGCUGUGGUCGAUCCUCGUGCACUCCAGACUCUGUCUCGGAAUGCUCAGUGUCAUUGUGAACCUGCUCAGUUCGUUCUGUUCCUGGGGAAUCUUCUCGAUGUUCGGCAUCCAUCCCGUCAAAAACGCAUUGGUUGUGCAAUUCUUCGUCGUCACACUUCUCGGAGUUUGCCGCACAUUCAUGGUUGUCAAGUACUAUGCCCAGCAACGCGUUCUCAUGACGUUCAAGUCACCGGACCAGUGCCCGGAAGUCGUGGGAAUGGUUAUGGCGGGGACUAUGCCGGCCAUGUUCAGCAGUUCCCUGGGAUGUGCUUUUAGCUUCUUCAUCGGUAACCCAAACAAUUUGUGCCUUUUAGACAAAACCAUCGCUUCCAGGUGGUUUCACAGAUCUCCCGGCUAUCCGCACGUUCUGCCUCUACGCAGGACUUGCAGUUCUGAUUGACGUCGCCCUUCACUGCACGAUCUUCCUCGCACUUUUUGUGUGGGAUACGAAGAGAGAACUGAACGGACAGCCAGAAUUCUUCCUUCCCUACAAAAUCAGAGAUCUGCUUGGAGCUUACUUGAUUGGCCGUCAGAGAGCUACUGAUACGUUCAUGACUCAGUUCUUCCACUUUCAAGUUGCUCCUUUCUUGAUGCAUAGAUUGACACGUAUCGUUACUGUAAGUCACGAUUGGAUUGCGUUUACGAUUUACGAAGAUAAUUGUAGGGAGUUGUCUUCAUUUUCUCUUUUGCUGCCACUAUCUACCUCUCCAGCAAAAUCGAGAUCGGUUUUGAUCAGAGCAUGGCCUUCACCGAGGUACAUAAAUCUACACGGCAGAAACUCAAAACACAUUAGCCUCCCUUUUCAGAAAAGUUACAUCAGCACUCAUUUCCGUUAUCUGGACAAGUACAUCGACGUCGGACCACCAGUGUAUUUCACGGUUGAUGGAGAGUUGGACUGGCAUCGGCCGGAGGUUCAGAACAAGUUCUGUACUCUUCCCGGAUGCAGUGACACUUCGCUCGGAAACAUCAUGCACUACGCUGUCGACCACACUGAGCAGACGUUUCUGUCUGGCGAGAUGUACAACUGGAUUGACAACUAUCUCGAAUGGAUCUCCCGCAAAAGCCCGUGCUGCAAAGUCUACGUUCACGAUCCUAGCGCUUUCUGCUCGACCAAUCGAAACAAGUCCUCUCUGGAUGACAGAGCGUGUCGCAGUUGCAUGGAUUACGAUGAUGUCGCCAAUUCGUACCCAUCGGACUCUAUUCUGCACCACAGACCGUCCGUUGACGUUUUUUAUCGUCAUCUGAAGCAUUUUCUGGAAGACACUCCCAACUCUGAGUGUGUUUUCGGGUAAGCUCUCCCACCUUCUGUUCAGGAAUGAUAAACUUGUUUCAGUGGCCGAGCUUCGUUCAAGGACGCUAUCAGUUUCACGGCGCGCGGAACAAUCCAGGCAUCUCACUUCAUGACGUUCCACAGGAAACUCUCGAUCAGCAACUCCACUGACUUCAUCGUUGCCAUGGAGCGCGCUCGUAUGGUCGCUCGCCGUCUUGAAAGGGCAAUUGAUGACACCGCCCAUGUAUUUGCAUACAGCAAAACCUUUCCAUUCUACGAGCAAUACUCCACCAUCCUGCCCAUUCUGACCACCCAACUGAUUAUCACCGUCGUUGGAGUCUUCGGAAUCAUCUGCAUUACCCUUGGUAUCGACGUGAAAGGAGCUGCAUGCGCUGUCAUCUGCCAAAUCUCCAAUUAUUUCCAUAUCGUCGCAUUUAUGUACCUCUUCGACAUCCCGGUGAACGCUCUUUCUGCCACGAAUCUUGUCAUGUCCUCCGGAAUCCUGAUUGAAUUCUCGGUAAAUGUUCUGAAGGGAUACGCUUGCUGCACGCGUCAGCGCGCUAAAGAACGGGCGGAAUCUUCGGUUGGAAGCAUUGGGCCGAUCAUUCUCUCGGGUCCGGUGGUCACCAUGGCCGGAUCGACUAUUUUUCUCUCUGGUGCUCAUCUCAAGAUCAUUACGGUUUGUUGCAAAUCGGAAGAUAUGUAGAGAAACUAAAAUGAUCUCAAUUUCAGGUUUACUUCUUCAAACUCUUUCUCAUCACUAUUGUCUGCAGUGCUGUUCAUGCCUUAAUCAUUUUGCCCAUCUUACUCGCUUUUGGUGGUUCCCGUGGCCACGGAAGUUCGGAUACUACUCUCAAUGAGAACGACGAUCAAGGAGCGGAAGUGUGCAUGUUGUACGUCAUCGUCAUCCAAACAUGUGAACUAUGCCGCUUUUCAGGUCACCGGCUCGAGAGACUCACAUCACAAACGUGGAAAGCGGCUCGCCAAACCGUCCAGCCAUCCUUGACACCACUCACUUGCUGGACCCUCUUCUCAAAACUGAGACUGACGAGGAAAAAGCUCUGGGUAACCUUGUUCACGCUGAUUCCUCAAAUCAAGCAUACAUCUUGCAGAUAUCGUCACAAUUGACCGAUCUUUGCCGCCAACGCCAUCGUCGCUGCCGUGUUCAUCUUCCCGCCUUCCAAAACACAUCGAGCUAGAUCUCCAUUCGCUGUAG